GUCCGUCCCUCGGGCGCGGGGGGCGCGGCGGCGGCGGCAGCGCGGAGCCCCGCGCCAUGGGCGGGCGGCGCGGAGCGGCGCGGAGCCGGCCCGCCCGGGGGGAUCGGGCAUGAACUGAGCAUGGCGAGCGGCCUCGGCCCGCGCUGGCCCCGCCGAGCGGCCCCGGGCGGCGGCGCGGGGCUCCUGCUGCUGCUGCUCUGCGCCGCGGCGGGGCUGCCCCGGAGCGCUCAGCAGGUGCUGCGGAUCGGAGGGAUAUUCGAAACUGUGGAAAAUGAACCUGUUAAUAUUGAAGAAUUGGCGUUCAAGUUUGCUGUCACCAACAUCAACAGGAACAGAACACUGAUGCCUAAUACCACAUUAACCUAUGACAUCCAGAGAAUUAACCUUUUUGAUAGUUUUGAAGCCUCAAGGAGAGCGUGUGACCAGCUGGCGCUGGGCGUGGCAGCGCUCUUCGGGCCGGCGCACAGCUCGUCGGUCAGCGCCGUGCAGUCCAUCUGCAACGCCCUGGAGGUGCCGCACAUCCAGACCCGCUGGAAGCACCCCAGCGUGGACAACAGGGACGCCUUCUACAUCAACCUGUACCCCGACUACGCCGCCAUCAGCCGCGCCGUGCUGGACCUCGUGCUCUACUACAACUGGAAAAUCGUCACCGUGGUGUACGAGGACAGCACGGGUCUCAUUCGCCUGCAGGAGCUCAUCAAAGCCCCUUCCAGGUACAACAUCAAAAUCAAAAUCCGCCAGCUGCCCUCUGGGAACAAGGAUGCCAGGCCUCUGCUGAAGGAAAUGAAGAAGGGCAAGGAGUUCUAUGUGAUAUUCGACUGCUCGCACGAGACGGCGGCAGAAAUCCUCAAGCAGAUUCUCUCCAUGGGAAUGAUGACAGAAUACUACCACUACUUUUUUACAACACUGGACCUGUUUGCACUGGACCUGGAGCCCUACAGGUACAGCGGGGUGAACAUGACGGGCUUUCGGCUACUCAACGUCGAGAACCCGCACGUGUCGGCCGUGGUGGACAAGUGGUCCAUGGAGCGGCUGCAGGCACCGCCCAAGCCCGACUCGGGGCUCCGCGAUGGCACCAUGACCACGGAAGCAGCGCUGAUGUACGACGCCGUGUACAUGGUGGCCGUGGCCUCCCAGCGAGCGGCCCAGAUGACCGUGAGCUCCCUGCAGUGCCACCGCCACAAGCCCUGGCGCUUCGGGCCCAGGUUCAUGAACCUCAUCAAAGAGGCACGGUGGGAGGGCCUGACCGGGCGCAUCACCUUCAACAAAACCGACGGGCUCAGGAAGGACUUCGACCUGGACAUCAUCAGCCUCAAGGAGGAAGGCACGGAAAAGGCUGCUGGCGAGGGUUCUAAUCAUUUGUAUAAAGUGUGGAAGAAGAUUGGGGUCUGGAACUCCUACAGUGGCCUUAACAUGACGGACAGCAACAAGGACCGGUCCACCAACAUCACGGACUCCUUGGCCAACCGCACGCUCAUCGUCACCACCAUUCUGGAAGAUCCCUAUGUGAUGUACAAGAAGUCUGACAAGCCCCUGUAUGGCAAUGACAGGUUCGAGGGGUACUGCCUGGACCUGCUAAAGGAGCUGUCAAACAUUUUAGGCUUCAUCUAUGAGGUCAAACUCGUUUCUGACGGCAAAUACGGAGCCCAGAAUGACAAGGGAGAGUGGAAUGGGAUGGUCAAGGAACUCAUAGAUCAUAAAGCUGACCUGGCUGUUGCUCCUCUCACCAUUACCUAUGUCAGAGAGAAAGUGAUUGAUUUCUCCAAGCCCUUCAUGACACUGGGAAUCAGCAUCUUGUACCGGAAGCCCAACGGGACCAACCCCGGCGUUUUCUCCUUUUUAAACCCUCUCUCUCCAGAUAUUUGGAUGUAUGUUCUCCUGGCCUGCCUUGGAGUCAGCUGUGUCCUCUUUGUCAUUGCCAGGUUUACACCAUACGAGUGGUAUAACCCCCACCCGUGCAACCCAGACUCAGAUGUGGUGGAAAACAAUUUUACUUUACUAAAUAGUUUCUGGUUUGGAGUUGGAGCUCUCAUGCAGCAAGGAUCAGAGCUGAUGCCCAAAGCUCUUUCCACCAGAAUAGUUGGAGGAAUAUGGUGGUUUUUCACCUUAAUCAUAAUCUCAUCCUAUACUGCCAACCUGGCUGCCUUCCUGACCGUGGAGAGGAUGGAAUCUCCCAUCGACUCGGCAGAUGACCUGGCCAAGCAAACCAAGAUAGAGUACGGGGCUGUCAGGGACGGAUCCACCAUGACCUUCUUCAAGAAAUCCAAAAUCUCGACGUACGAGAAGAUGUGGGCGUUCAUGAGCAGCAGGCAGCAGACGGCGCUGGUGAAGAACAACGACGAGGGCAUCCAGCGCGUGCUCACCACCGACUACGCCCUGCUCAUGGAGUCCACCAGCAUCGAGUACGUCACCCAGAGGAACUGCAACCUCACCCAGAUCGGGGGGCUCAUCGACUCCAAGGGCUACGGCGUGGGCACCCCCAUUGGGUCCCCGUACAGGGACAAGAUCACCAUCGCCAUCCUGCAGCUGCAGGAGGAGGGCAAGCUGCACAUGAUGAAGGAGAAGUGGUGGCGAGGCAACGGCUGCCCCGAGGAGGACAGCAAGGAAGCCAGCGCCCUGGGCGUGGAGAACAUCGGCGGCAUCUUCAUCGUGCUGGCGGCGGGGCUGGUGCUCUCCGUGUUCGUGGCCAUCGGCGAGUUCAUCUACAAGUCGCGCAAGAACAGCGACAUCGAGCAGUGUCUGUCUUUCAACGCCAUCAUGGAGGAGCUGGGAAUUUCCCUCAAGCACCAGAAGAAGCUGAAGAAGAGGUCGAGGACGAAGGGGAAAUCGUCCUUCCCGAGCAUCCUGACCUGCCAGCAGCGGCGCACGCUGAGGAAGGAGACCAUGGCGUGAGCGGGCAGGGCAGCAGGACAGAGCCAGCCCGCCCGUGGGGACGCAAACUCCCUCUCCUCAGAGGCUCCCUGUGGUUUCUUUUUUUAAUCUAGAGGUACAGCAGCUGAAAUGCUCGCCUAGACUGAUGUACUACCGAUCCUCUGGGAGAUGUCUGGCUCUUCCUCUGGGCUGGAUUUCUCUGCUCACCUGAUCUGCAUCUCUGUCCCCUCCCCGUGCAUCGCUGUAUGUGCUUUCUAAAUAAAUAAAUAAACAACUGACAGGGUUCUUUUUUCCAAGAA